AUGGUGGCACUGGGGGGCUACCUCGGCCUUCUCAUCGCGCUGGCCAGCCUCGUGGCGGUCUGGAGGAGCGUCGGAGGGGCUGCCCGACGCUCCGCGCUGUUGUCCAGAGGUCGAAGUGCGGACGUGCAGGACCGCAGCGGGAACACUGUGAUUGGAAACUCAGGCACGACUCCAACAAGCACGAGCCGCCCAACAACCUCAGCAAGGAACAUGUCCACGGUCACCGGUCUCAGCAAUGCAAAUACGGCCGCGCAGGAAGAUGUCGUGCUCAACGACAACAGGAACCAGGACCCGCAGUUUGUGAGCCAAUCGCUAAGGGGCUUGCCGACCAGGCUGAGACGAUCGAAGACAGUGCUCAUGCUGAAGAUGCUUCUCGAAUCCACGAACCUGGUAUCUUCCAUGCUCUACGCCGUGGAGGCAUGCCAGCGCUCUACGAUGCUGGUCUGGACCGGGGAGUGCCCCGACUCCACACUUCUCGCACCCGUCCUGGCCGACGAGUGCCCCGAGGACUACGCAUCCCUGAACUCGCUCCCUUUGUGCGGUGCCUCCGUCCCGGUGGACGCACUCUGCGAGGCGGAUAGGGAUGCACCCAGCCAGUGCCGCAUCCCAGGUGAGCUGGACAACUGCGUCGUCGACACAGGCGGCUUCACCGAAGUCAACCGCAUCGCCUUCGACGUCUUCCGCAAGCAGUCGGCCCCGGCAUGCGUGAGCUUGGGCUGCCGGGAGCUGGCAGCUGUGCUCUGGUCCCUGGGCACAGUGUCUCUUGCCAUGACCAUCGCAUGGACCGUGCUCUUCCACGUGCGCCUGGUGCGCAAGGACCAGGGCUACUUGAACAGAUGCUUUGUGAUUACGUUCGCCUCGACAUUCGCAGUCCUGAUGCUGCUCUUCGGUACCAUUCUGAUCCUCGGCUUCCAGGGCACUGGCCCGGCCACCGUGGUGAUGGCCCUCAUGGUGCCCAUGAUGCUGCUCACCACUUGGCUUUUCCAUGCUGCCAUCGUCGUGAGCUUCCACGGCAGGCCUCAAUUACAGGAUGCCGUCAAGUCCGCAAGCAUGGAGCUGCCGCUCUUCAACGUCUUGGUCGCCUGCAAUCUUGAGGGCGAGGAAGAAGUCGAGCGUCUCCAGAAGGACCGAGAUCCCUUGGAGAAGGGCCUCCGGCUCUUCGAGGACAUCCCGGAGCUCACCUUGGGCUUUGUAGACAUCUUCUUCUUCAAGUGGUCCUGGUUUGCCUUCGCAAGCUUGGCGAUGUCCUUCGUGAUGACAGCGGUCAUGGUGAUCAUGGGAGGCUUCCUGGCAGUGUGGGACUUGGCCAAGACGGUGGGUGCACCCCGGAGACGCAGACACGCCCAAUGCCGACUUCCGGACACGGAGUGA